AUGGAAAUCAAAUUGGUUGAUAAGUUGAUCUAUAAAUUGGAAGAUAACAAUAUCGAAAUAAAGGAAUUCAAUUUGAAAGUCUUGGUUGAAUUGGUCAAUAAAGUUAGAUUCGUUAGUUUGAAUCAUCUCAUCUUAAACUUGUUAGACACUCUUAAAGCUUCAAACACUCAAGAGCUUAAAGACAUUCACUUGAUUUGUUUGAAGGGUGUCAUUAAGCAUUCUAAUCGGCUAGCUUUGUUAGAUAGCGAUUGGUUCAUUAACAAUAUCAUAAGCAUUCUCGAUAUACAAACUUCAAUUGAUUUGUUAGAUGUCUUGCAUAUUUACAUUAACAAAACACCCAUCAACGACAAUCAACGUUCAAUUCUCAUCAAAACCCAAUUCAAUUUUAUCACUUCAUCAAACUCAAGACAUUCAAUGAAGAAGAAGUCCAUCUCUUUACUCACUACACUCCUCAACAGCAACCACUUGGACACUCUCAACACCUUUAUCGACAAGAAUCUCUCAUCGAACUUUAUCAUCACUACCCUCCUAAUUCAAAACACUCUACAUCUCAUAAACACCCCAACACAUAUUGAUCAACUCAUCAACCAAUUGAACAAUCAAGAUGAUGACAUUAAAGACGCUGCCCUGUCAACUUUAGACUGCUAUGUGUCCCACCUCAACCCUCAAUCUCACAUCACUCAACUCAUCUCAAUCUCUCAAUCUCUCAUCAAUUACAAUCCAAACUACUUUGAUUUAGACGAAGAUGAUGAAGAUGACGAUCAAGAUGACGAGGACGAGGAGGAUGAACCUCUCUCCGACAAUGACGACCUCAGCUGGAAGGUUAGAAAAUCUGCUGCCAAACUCCUCACCACCAUCAUCGCAAGCAAUUCAUUACUCCUUUCUCAUCUCUACUCCACCCUCUUUAUCCAUCUCCUCACCGUCACCUCAAAGGAGCGUGAGGAGAGUGUAAAAUUGGAGCUAUUCAACGCCAUCAAUGCCUUCUUCGUCGUUAGUGCUGCUGUUGCUCAAAAAUCUUCUCUCAAACGCAAACACAAUGAAAUGGAUGUUGAUAUCACAGCUCAGUGUGAUUUACAGUCUAACACUUAUAAAUCUCCACUCAUCAACUCCCUCACUAAGCACCUGAGCGACAAAUCUCUUAUUAUUCGCUUGAAUUCAUACAAGUUACUCACCACGCUCAUUCAGUCGAUGCCUGACAUCUUGCAAGCCCCAUACAUUGAUGAAAUCGCUCCGCUUAUUCAACAGGGUCUAAACAAUGUCGAGUCUACAAUCUCAUCAGGUCUCCCAAUUGAGGUGCUCACUCUGCUCAACACUCUCUUCGAGACCCAUACAUACCGUUCCAUUCAACACUCCAUACCAGCAUUCACACACACAUUGAUCAACACAACGAAGCUAACGAAAUACCACAAGCUGUCGUCCUUAGCAUUCAAGUCACUCUCCAAUCUCGUCAUCCUCCUCCGUCCCAACAAGGAAGAUGGCCUUUGCUCACCUUCACCCAUCAAGCAGACUGAGAUCAACGACCUAAUUAAAUUGAUAGCUUUGUCUACAACAGAACGUAUUCAAGAUAGUGACUUGUCGAAUAAUGUCAAGGAUGAUGCUAUAGACUUGGUCUCAGUACUCCUCUCGCAUGGUGGGAAUAUUUUGGUACAGUCCGACAAUGACACCAACGUCUUGCAUUUGUUGAAAGAUAGAACGUACAACAAUCUUAACAGAUUCAGCGGUAUCAAAGCAAUACAGUCCGUCGCAGCGUCCAGGUACACAUGCACCAACGAGAUUUUUACACAAUGGCUCACAGACUGCGUCAAACUCAUCACACCUCUCAUCAAACAAAACGACAGAGUGAUCAAGAUGGCUGCGUUUGAAUGUCUCGAAGUACUCCUCGAGAGAGUGGCAGACAGAAUUAGUAAAGAUGUCGUAGCUGAAUUGGUUGAUAGCAUCCUCCCGCUCGUAAAUAUCAACGACAUCAACACUCUUUCGCACACUCUCAACAUGGCUACCAAGUUGUUUAGCAGCAAUGAUCUUGAGAUACGUUCAAUGGUGCUAAAAAUACUCAAUCGUUCCUACUCACUUAUCAAAUCGCCGGUGCUUAUAAUAGAACCUCUUGAGUCAUUUUACCAAGUUGCCUCGAGAGAUGGUGGACUCAGUGCUGAGAUAAUCUCCAGACUGCUUAACGAAAUCGGGAAAUUGGAUGACAAAGAGCUUAAAGAUGUUGGCGGUGAGGGAGAGCAUAUACUCGACAAUGUCAGUAGAUUGAUAGGCGGUGUAAUUGUUGAAAGUGGUAAUGGUAGUGGUAGUGGUGUUGAGCAGUUUGUCAAUUUGGUAAAAUCUCCAAACCAGCAAAUUUCUGACGUAUAUUUGUCUCUUCUAGUAGUAGGCCACGUUGGCAAACACUUCGACUUGUCCCAGAAUUACCCUCAUCUGUUCAAAGAUAUCCAGACGUAUUUCACUCACAGUGAGGACAAGGUACGCAGAUCAUCGUCUUGUUCGCUCGGAAGUAUUUGCGUCGGUAGCUCAACAUUUCUGCCGCAGCUUCUCGAUCAACUCCGUGCGCCUGACUACCUCAUCCUCCUAUCACUGAAGGAAGUUAUCAGUGGUGCGGAGCUAUCGAGUAACGAUGCGGACACUGUGUUCGAUACACUUCUGUGUGGUACUAAUGACGAGAACGUGCGCAACAUCGCCGCUGAAUGUCUUGCUAAGUUGCUCUACAAGAGUGAGACGUACGUGCCACACUUAAAACAGGUUCUGCAAGGUGAGGAGGAGAACAAAAAACUGGUUAUCGUUAUUGCUAUUAGAUACGCUAUUAGUGAAGCCCCACACGAGAAUAGUUUACAGCUCGACGAUCUCUUCAGUACCUUCACCGCUCUUCUCGCACAGCAAAAUUUGGAAGUAAUAAGAAUCACACUUUCUACUAUCAACUCAGCUGCGAGACACAAGCCACAGCUCAUCUCCGAAGGUGUCAUCAACAACCUUCUCACGCAGACAACAGUAAACACUCAACUCGUGCGCCAAAUCACCCUCGGACCUUUCAAAGAAACGAUUGAUGACGGCCUGCCAAUCCGCAAGACGGCAUUUGAGUGUCUUUAUACUAUGUCGAACCACUCUGAAUUAGUGAGCGCUCGUGAUCUGAUAGAGCAGGUCAAAAAGGGGCUUGGCGAUGUGGAUGAGAUCAAGAUACUGAGCUACCUUAUUUUGAAUAGGUUAGUUAGCGUGUGUGGAGAUUUGGUUUCUGAGUCACUCAACGACAUCCUCCCAUGUCUCCAAAAGACACUACAGCACAAACCUAAAGAUAACGCUACCAAGAUGGAGCAUGAGCGUAAUACAGAGUUGCAAUCUAGUGUUUGUCGCACAAUGGCUACGCUGAAUGGUAGCAGCCUAACCAAUCAGCAUGGCUUGCUCAUAAACCUUAUUAAGACCGUUAUCGAGCCAAACCCUACUUUUAAGACCGUUUUCUUGGCUUCAUCGCAAUUAAAUUUGAGUACUACUAAUAAUUCCUCUGAAGCUAUGCAGAUUGAUUGA